GUUGCCUAGGCGACGCCCCGCCUCCGCAUUCCAAUGUGCGGCGGCGAAGCCGGGCUCCGGGCGAGAAUGGCAAGCUCCGCUCUUUCUUUUCCCAGCACAGCUGGGAAGACAUGCGUGUCCUGGAAUUACACCAAGGCCUCCCUCCAGGCGCCGCCACUGGACUUCUCCUUCCGAGGCAUCAGUUUUAUGCAAGACCUGCUGACCGAGGAGCCCCGUCCCGGGCUCAGGCCCAUCCGGCGCUUGGAGGGGGGCCGCCUACUGACCCAGGCCGUCCGACUGAACAACAACACCCUCAACGACCUGACCGAUUUCCCAGACAUUAUGGAGAAGCUGCUGGAGUAUCCCCUGGACAUCUACUGGAUCGACCUCUCCUUCAACGACCUGCCCAACAUCGACCCGGUGCUGACCACCUUCUACAACCUCCGGAACCUGAACCUUCAUGGCAACAGCAUCCAGCAUCUCUCCGAAGUGGACAAGCUGGCCGUGUUGCCUCACCUGCGCAACCUGACCCUGCACGGAAACCCCAUCGAAGAGGAGAAGGGCUACAGGAGUUACGUCCUGUCCACCUUGCCCCAGCUGAAGAACUUCGACUUCAGCGGCGUCACCAAACUGGACCGCAGCACCGCAGCCGUCUGGAGGCGCAUGAACAUCAAGCCAAAGGCCAUCCGGAAGAAACGGGAGCGCUACUGAGGGGACGGCCGCCUUCCUGGGGAAUAAAGCUUUAG